CAACGCCCCUCUCCCUCCCUCGUAGUACGAGUGUGUUUUCAAUUUUCACGAGAUCUCUGUGGGCUGUCGAUGUUUGCAAUUAUUUGACAAAAAGGGCCUUCGAUUUUGCCAACUCAGACCGUCCGUCGGUGUCUCACGCUUCUGCCAUGGGGAUCCCGCCGUGCACCGACAAGGAAUGAUUUCGCUAACGGACGUGACCAUUUAUGUAUAAAAUACAUAGCCAAAGAAGCUUUGCACGUUUUGCUCUGCAGCUGUAAAAUAUUCAGCAAUAAAAUUAUGUGUAUUUUUUACACAUAGCUUCGACAUUAUUGAAUUUUGCUGCAAGAGCAUUAUUACAUUUGUCCUCGUGAGUUAAUUACAAGCCCGGAAAUGUCAUCCUGGAUGUACAGAGGCCGCAGUAUGCGCUCCAACCACUCAUCUUCUGUCCGCACCAACCGACGAGACAGCGAAGAUGAGUACAUCCGGCUGGACGUAACAAGAGAUCCAAAUGAGAUGACAACUGAAAUCUUGGUCAACAUUUCUCGCCGGCUAGGAAUCUCCGAGGCCAAAAAGUUUGGUUAUCUCAACGCCUGCACCAAUUUCUUCACAAAAGAAGUUCUGGCUAAUCUAUCAUACAACUUUGACGAAAUUCUUUGCUGUUUGAGGGUUGCUUUGGUCCAUGAUGCAGCCAGAAUCCGGGCGACUGGCAUUCGAACAAUAAGACGUUUAAUUAAAGAUGAUCAGGAUGUGGCAGCAAUUAUAAGACUGCGAAUACCUUACUUGGUAGCUAGAAUUUUAGAUUCUGACAGUGAUGUGGAGCGAGUGCAGGCGCUUAGAUUUUGCCGAAGGAUAAUUCUUUGUGGGCCCAAUUUGUUUCCGAACGAAUUGGCCAGAUCUUUGGUGUCCUUAGCAAAUGGAGGUGCAGAGGAGAAGGACAAAAUUCUGCGAGUAUGUCUUGCAACCCUUGCUGAACUUGCUGUUAUGUGUCCUGAUGCAUUCAUCACAAACGGUGGCGUUGCUGCAAUUAGUAGAAACUUGAUCGAGUCUCACUCGCCUAGGGUGACUGAAGUCUUGGUCGGUUCUCUCCUCUUUCUGCUGGUCCAUCAAAAAACCCGAAAAAGUGCCAAAAUCGAUCUUACCGUCCUCUCGGCUCCGUAUUGUGACAUUCACUACCAACACCACGGCUGGGCGUCACAAGAGAAGAACAAGGAAGAUCGUGACUGCCGAAUUGGCAGCACCCACACCGCCCUGCUCUCUGUGCUGCGUUCCUUCCCUGGCAUCCUGCAUUUCUGUGACCCAACCGAGGUGGCCAGCGGCAUCAAGUCGUUGGUCGAUGUUCUCAGGUACCAGCAUUUAGAGGCAAGGAAAAACGUCCUUGACCUGUUCAACGACCUGCUGGGUGUGCCUGAGAUUUCCUGGACGGACGAGGCGAGUGUAGCCUUGGCGGACGUUGACCCGGCCAAGAUGCAGGACGCCUGGAAGUUGUCGGAUGGCUUUGUGGCUCUCGAAGGCAAAUCUCUUUUGCCGCACCUCUCAGUAUUCCGACCUAACAUGGUCGAAAUCCACAAAGCCUUGCUGUUGCAGACGUUUAUUGAGGCAAACCUUUUGGAGGCACUUAUCGAAGUCAUCGUAACCAGCGACUCCUUCAUCUCCCUAAGGGCUGCUAUUUUGUUAGGCCAAAUUUUGCAAAUGAGUCGCAAUUUGUUGCCAACUGGGUGCGCCCUGCCCAGUUUGCCCACCCUUAUAUCCUACGCUAGCGGCUCAAGCUGCGCGUCCUCGCAGCAGCGCUCUCUUUCCGCUCUCAACGUCAUCUCAAGAUUUAACGCAAUGAUGAAGACACGACCCACUCCAUCUAGCUUAUUCUUGCAACAAUUGUUGUAUUUCUCAGGAAGUCUCAAAGUGGAGUUGGUUGCUGGCCAGAGUGUUCCUAAGUCAACAGUUCUUCAGUUGGUGUCCAAAGACAUUGAAGACUCUAUCAAGAAAUCUGCAGUUCUGGCAAACAAGGACCCCUUCUUUUGGAACUGGAAUGUUGUGCUCACUAUUUUAAAGAGCCGUAAUGAUUCACUAAUAAAACUUGAAGACUCAAACUACAAACUUUUUGUGCGGCGGUUGGUGGAGUUUUUCCGUCCAAGCAAUAAUAGAUUCAGCCAGAUCAAGCUGGGCCAUUCUCACUCUCAUUUGUAUACUCUUGUUGCUUGUGAAGUAGUUGAAUAUCUAGUGGAAGCAGAUGAGGGAGAAGCCAGUCGACUACUAACCGAGUUGAUUAUUGACAUUGGCGAGCACAUUCAAGCCAUUAUUAAAGCCGACAGUGCUCACGACUGCCUCUUUAGUCCUCACAAUGUUACUCAUUCUAUGUGCCAAGUGUAUUUUCUUGUUAUCGGCAGGCUGUGCCACUUCAGUAAGGGGGUGAAAGUCCUUGAGGCAGCAAGCAUUUUCCAAAGCCUUCUUAGCUUGAUCGUUGAAACAAAACACGACUGUUAUGUGAAACUAGUUGUGUCAAGUCUUGAUUUCACCAAUGAUGGAAUGCCUAGAAUCAUCCUAGGCAAACUUUUGAAAUCACCCGUUGAAUCGUCGAGAAUUUAUGCAACAAAAUUCUUGUUGGUUCUUGUUCGGGCCCAUGUAAAAGAUUUUGAAGAAUGGGGGAUGGAGUUGUUAGUGAUGCAACUCUACGACAUCAAUAUCCAAGUGUCUUUGGCUGCCUCUGAAAUUUUGGAUGAGGCUUGUGAUUACAAGCCUUACUUGGAAGCCUUAGUUCAACUUAGACCAACCCUGUUGCAAUUGGGUGACCGAGGACGACUGCUGUUGAUGAGAUUUUUGUCUACUCAGUCUGGAUUCUCAUAUUUAAAUGAUGCUAAUUUUGUCCAAAACGAGCUUCAGCUUUGGAAACAUUCUUUCAAUGAAAAGUAUGUGCGAAUCGUUGAAGCAGGACUUCAUGAGGCGCUCACCAUGCACCAAAAGAAUGAAGAGGGUUCUUACGUUGGACGACUGAGCAAUGUGAAAAAUUCAGUUAAAGAUUUUUAUUUGCCGUCUCACUUAUAUGGACAACUUGUCCAACACAAAGAAGGCCUGGAACUUAUUUCCCAAGAUACAGCUUUGCUCAAAAAGUAUUUUGAGGUUAUAGAUGUGAGGCAAAAUGCCACAGAAGACAUUUCCAAGAUAAAGACUGCAAUUUGGGCGCUCAGCCACAUUAGUUCUUCUGUUGGGGGAAUCAAUUUGCUUGAGUCUUUGAACGAACCAGUCACUCUGGCAGAUUGCUUAGUACUGUUGGCAACUGAUCAUCCCCAUUAUGGAGUUCGAGCUUCUGCUUUUUACGCUUGCUCACUUUUGGCAACAACAGAACUAGGAUGUUCUCAGCUGGAAAGUGCAGGAUGGAUUGCUGUGCGGCAGGCUCGAAAUGACAAAUACCCUGUCAUCCAAGUGCCAGAUCUGUCACCGGAAGAGCCAGACUUCAAAUUUGUUACAGACGAUGCCGGAAUUUGGUUUGAAUUUCCAGUAGACCGCCGCAAACGCUCCACUAGUCACUGCUCUUCUUCUGCAAGCGCUGGCCCUGUGAUCACUUUUGAAGACGAGGUUGAUUGUGCAGUAAAUCAAAUAAUCUCUUCCUCCGCCAAUGCCUCUCCAGCCAAGAUCAAUGGUGUCAGCACGGUUGUUCCUCCACUCUUGUCCAUCGGCUCUCAAAGGUCGCAAACACUUCCGCAUUCUAAGCCUCCAAAGUACCAAAAGCACCACAAGAGGAGUCUCAGCGACACCAAGGGAGACUCCAGUGUUAUGGGAGAGUUGCCAAAAAUCAAGGAACCAAAUAAGAAGCCGGAAAGGAGUCCAAGAGUUAGAAGCAUAUCUGUAAAUUCUGAAUGUACCGCUCCUAGCUUUGUAAUCGACGAUUCAACUCACGAAAAUACUGAUGAAUAUUUAAGCUCGUCACCAAUUGGCUCGAUCAACGAGCCCAACAAGGAGGUUCUGUCAACAAGUUGGCAAGACAUCAAGGGUUUUGCAGCCCUCCGACUUCUUCCAAACAGACUUGGUGACAUUUCCGAGAUUAAUAGUGACACUUCAAAUAUCUCGAGCAAAUUUUUAAAGCCCUUUGGGUCGUCUGAAGUGGAGACGCCACUUCGCCGAGCGCCUUCAUCCUUGAACUCAAUCUGCCGUUACCCAAAGCUGAUAAACUUGCAGCUGUCAUCUGAGCCGUGUUUUAAAGGGAUUGCCCUACCCGCUGAUAUUUGCGUAAUGUUUCAAAAAGAGCAGCCAAUUUACAUCACUCGGUUGCAACGCAAACGUCGGGACCGAGAGUCUUUUUGUGAGUUGGAAGAAGUUCCUGAAGCAGGCAAUGCAAAUGGUCGUGAGAGUCCAGACUCUGACAGUGAGCGUUCUUUUGACGGAACAAUUUUGCACGACUCUAUUAAGUGCAUCUCCUGUUCCUACCGCACUCAAAAUCCACGUACACCCAUCAGAAGUGGUAAAAUUUCAACCAGUUCCAGACACACAAGAACAGACACUGAAAGUAGUGAAGAUUUCCGGAUCGAGAGCUUUACCCUAAAUUCUGCAACUCUGGAAACCGCAACGUUAAAUAGCAAUUUCAGCAUAAGCAAUUUCGAACUUGAUAUGAGUCAAAUUAAAUGCGAAGAAAAUGCCAUUUUAUCCAAGUGUACAGUAAAAAAAGAAAUCCUAAAGCAUGCUGAGCGACUAAGCAAUCCAAUUUGGUUUAAAUCUUCAAAGCAAGCUCUAUUACAGCUAAAGCAAAAGUGCCCUCAAGUAUUUCAAGACUUAUGCUUGUACUCCGAUGUUUGCAAUUUAUUAGAAAACUCCUCUUACCGUCUGACAGCUCGAAAGAGCUUGCAAGAAUUAUUUUAUGACUGUCAUUUUGAAGAGUUGUUUGACGAGGCUGCAAAUAUUUUGAAGUUACGAGAUGCCACCUCAAAUCUUGUCUUCUCACCUCCUAGUGUGUUACUUGAAGAGUCUGCCACAAUGACUCAGGAAAGCAAUUAAUGAACUCUUUAUAUAAAUCUUUAUUUAAUAAUGAUACACAUUAUCUGUUUAUAAAAAUAGCCAUUUAAAAUAUUUUCUACUUUUUUAAUACUCACUUUAAAAACAAUUUUUUUCACUGAAAAAGACAUUUAUUUUAACUUUUAUAGUUCCAAAGCCAAGUGCCAAGUCAAACUCAAAAGAUCGGCUGUAGUAAACACGUACUUGUAUAUAGUUGUUUUUGACUGAAUAUUUAAUUUAAUUCAAGACACCAAAAAUAAAUCAAAUGAGUACAUAACUAAUGCAUAGUUUGGUUUCCACGCGCUCUGCAAUUUGUCGCUUUAUGUGCUUGCCAGAGCUCAUUUGGCCAAUACUCUUUUGCCAACCAAACAAAAAAUACAAUCAUAAUAAAUUAAAUAAAAAAUAUUUGUUCUUUAAUUUCUGCUACCGAAUAAAUUUUUGUAUGCAAAACGUUUGACUUCAAAUUGAUUUGAAUGGUUAAUUUUUAAAUUAAUAAUGUAAGAUAGGUGCGACUCUGUCUAAUUUUAGUGAAAGUUUCAGGCGACUGUUCAAAAGGAGUUUUAUCAAGGAGUU